AUGGCGGGCUUCCGGUCGCAGCUUAGGCCGCGCUCUGCUGGGGCCAUACGGCGAGCUGGGUUCCCGCUGAGCGUGGCGGUGCUGGCGCUCUUCCUUGUCGCAGCAGCUGCGCAAGAAAAACUCGUUGGCAAGGUGCAGGUGGUGGCGGUGCACGGCCUGGAUAGGGAUGAGCUCACCGGCAACAUCACAGCCGUGCGCCACGAGCACCAAAUCCACCUGCAGCUCAAGGGCGGCGAGCUGCGGCGGCUCGUCUUCCCCAACAGCGUGGAUGAGGAUUCAAUGCCGCGUUCUGGCUCGUACGUGUACGUGGCAUCACGGUCGAUGGCCGACUGCACUCCGGAUAUGGCUCAGCAGCAGUCUGGCGCGAUAUGCGUCCAGUCAAUGAUGACCCACGAGGCCGCACCUCAGGAUGUUUAUGCCAAGGGACAGCCGCGCGGCAACAUGUUUGUCAAGGCGCUUCUGGUGCAGCUGGACAUCUGCAACAACGGCAUAGCCUCACCAGACUGGGAUGCAAUGGAGGGUGCCAUGUGGGACGGCCUGCCCAAGAGCCAAGAGCGCACGGUUGAGGGCAUGUUCAAGGGCUGCUCCUUUGACAUGGCGCAGGUCAGCAAGUCCGUCGGCGGCCACAUGCUGCGCGUGCCAGUCCCCGUUCCCUGCAGCGGCACUACACCACAGGGAGCAAGCUACGACUCCAGCCAGUGCCCCUUCAACGAGUGGUCUGACGUGGCGAUCGACUGGAUCCGCAGCAACGUGCCCGACCUCAACCUAGAUGACUACCCCCACAAGAUCUUCAUCGUCAUGAAAGGCCAGACGUGCGCGUGGGGGGGCAUGGGCUACGUCGGCUGCCACGACGACUGCCGCGUGUGGAUCAACGGGGACCUCUGGGAUAAGCCUGACACCUACUUCCACGAGAUUAGUCACAACCUGUACUGCAACCACGCUGGCAAGUGGGGCAACAAGGGCUACGAGGACAUGAGCGGCGCGAUGGGCUACUGCUGCGACAUCCGCUGCCACAACGCACCGCACAGCUUCCAGCUGGGCUGGGCGGGCCCCGUCAAGAGCCUGCACUCUGACAACUGGCCGGCGGGGACGUGGGAGACCCACAUGCUGCCGGCCGCCGCGGUGCAGCCGCGCAACUUCAUCCGCAUCUGGCCGGACUGGAGCACCCAGGGGGCAAAGAGCAAGAUCUUCCUGCAGCAGCGCGUCGGCUGGGACUUUGAGCUGUCCCACACGGGCGCCUUUGGCGACGCCAUCAUCGUCUACAGCGUCCCCGCAGACGACCCCCAGCCCUACACCAGCUGGGAGGCCGGCGUCGCCGCGGGCCAGCAGUGGCGGGAGACGCGGCUGGGCAGCGGCGUCGUCGUGCGCGUGCCCAAGAUCGAGGGGGGCCAGGCGGAGGUCAGGGUGUGCCGCGUCAGCGCAGAGACCGAGACCAACUGCAACGACGGCCUGGACGACGACUGCGAUGGACAGAUCGAUGCUGCAGACAGCGACUGCAGCGGCAGCAGUGGCGGUGGCGGCAGCAGUGGCGGCGGCGGUCUGGGCGGCCAGGCCCCUGGAGGCGCCUCAGGCGGCGAUCAGAGCGGAGGGUACCCUGCUGGCAGCGCGCCUGGGGCGGGGUUUGGGGGCGGCACGGGUGGAGGGUACCCGGGGGGUGGCGGAUUGGGGGGCGCUCCGGGGGCAGGGUACCCUGGUGGCGACGGCUACAGCACCUAUGGCAGCUACUUCGGCUGA